AUGAUGAAAAUUAGAAUCAGUGCUAUUAUCCCCGUCAUCUUUUCGGCGAUCGCCACCGCGCUUCUCAUCGUCCUGGCUGUUGCCGGCACAAAGCCAGGAACCGCAUCGAAAUACUACAUGAUAUCUUUGAACACAUCCCGAGUAGGCGCAGGAACAAUUCAAUUCAACACGGCAGAUGGCAACCUAGGAAGCGGCACUGGCGUGGACGGUGGCUUACUCGGUGGCCUACUCAGCGGCCUCGAUGGCCUAAUCGACAAUGCAACUGGGCAGAUCAACAGCGAGCUCGCCAACCUCGAGUCGGAGAUCAUUACGAACGUUACCAACGCCAUCGGCAUCAAAGAUGAAUACAACAUCUACAUGCAGAAUAUCUGCGAGGGAAAUCUUGCGAAUGAAACGAACCCUGAGUCCGUGAAGAUCGUCAAAUGUCCGAAGUUUAAUGAAGUCUCUGAUGGUCUCAACAAUAUUUCAUCGCGGAUUCCCAGCUAUGUUGUUGUCGGCAACACCAACAUUUCAGUCCCUCUUCUGCAAUCUCUAGGAACAGGCCUAAGCUCCAUUGAGAACAUGGCCGAUUCCGCUGUCAAGGCCAACUUGGCGUUUCUCCUCAUUGGGCUAAUAUGCUCGGGUAUCGUGACAUUGCUCUCCUUCGUCUCCAUCAUUCUUCCCCGAGUCCAUAUAAUUUCCAUCGUCUGCGUCCUCCUCGCCACCCUGGCACCGCUCAUGAUCAUCACCACCGCCCUCAUUGUGACCAUCCUGUCGUACUUCAUAGUGAACAUGGUCAAUGGCGUUGGGUCUGCGCUGACCAUGACGGCCAAGAGCGGGAGUGGGACAAGGGCUAUUGCGUGGGUUGCUUGGGCGUCAUCCGUUGUGAGUGCGGUGUAUUGGUCUUUGGUGUGGUUUGUGGAGGUUAGGAGGACCGUGUUAGUUAGGAGGAGACGCGAUGUGGAACAGAUUGGAAAGUACAAGGUGACGUUGGCACAGGCGAGACGGAAUAUGAAGGUUGAUGACAGUACUGAGAAGAGCUGAUCAUAAUGUGGAAGUCGGACAUUGUGGAUUGGAAUAGACGAUUGUACUUUAGUGAAUGACAUAUUGGG